UACGCCAUGCAACGCGCUCCUCUAAACAACCGGAACUUGUGAACACCAACGCCAACACCGCAACUCAACGCCCAAAAAUAUCACGAAAAUUUGCAUACAACUCAUUCCUUGUUGUUGUGGUUGUGUGUUGUUGUUGCCUGCAACGCCAACACCAACGCAUCAUUGCAUUUGCAGCAGUGUUGCGGGCAGUGCAUGACGUCGCGCGCGCCACACUCGUAACGCCACUCGUGCGGCCGGUAGUAGUUUUUGUCGCCGUCGUUGCUGGUGUUGCCAUUAACGUGUUACCGUUUACCGUUUGCCGUUGGCGCUGUCUCGUUGUCGUCGUCGUCGUGGCAUAUGUCACUCGGUAUUUUGACCACCAACUUGGCGGCCGCAUUUCCGGCUCACAAAUUUGCGUAAUUUAAAGUUGCACUUUGCAUCGCAUCGAAAGCAGCAUCGUACGCGCGUUCCGCGGCAUUAAAAUCGCACCUUUGCAAAGUGCGUCUCGCUUUUCUCACGCGUGACCGCCGUUAAUGCGUGUGCACUUUUGUUGACCAACUGACCAAAAGCGACCAGGUGGCAAGUGUAAAAUUACAGGUUGCAAGUGGCAGAUUUUUGUUGGUGGUGUCGCCGCGCUCUUGCAUGCCAUUUAGAUUGUGGCAAAUUCGCGUUUUCAAGUGCAGUGUAACCAGAAUCAGUUCGACUGAAAUUCGAGUGAAAAUUUAAUCGUGAAUUUGUGCGUGGGAAUUCUAUAACAGUUUUGUGGCAUAAUUGUGAAUAAAAAAAAAUAAGUACAAAAUUACUUGUCGAAAAUCUACUUUUGUUGUUGUUGGCGUGAGUUUGUAAAGUGUUGUGUAAAGGUGAAAAAUUAGUCAACUUUCUAUUUGCCGAUGAUGCUGAAAUAAAUAUUUCUUCACAAUAUCCACAUAAAAGCAGCCAGCCGAAUUUAGUAAGCUCAUAAAAAGUGUUUAUCACAAAUAAGCCCACUUAUAUAACAUAAGCAACUCUACCAAUCACUCCACACACUAACUUUUUCAUUGUCGCCGUGCUACAAAGAAAAAUUUGCAAAAAUUGUUCGCCUCAAACAAGUCGCCUGCGGCCCCAACCACUACAGAAUGCAUCUCACCACAACGACCAACACCGUCGUCGCCAACAAUGCGGGCGCGACACAGAAUAGCAGCAACAACACAAACAAUUCCAGUUCAAAUAAUAACGGCGGUAGCAACAAUAAUAAUGCUACAAAUGGCAACAACAACAAUUCCAAUGAACAGAACACACCGCCAACGGCCGCCCAACUGCUAAAUGAAGCCUACACAAAGAUGACCUCGGACAUAUUGGCGGAGCGGACUUUGGGCGAUUUCCUCACCGAACAUCCCGGCGAGCUGAUACGCACCAGCAGUCCGCUGUUCGUCUGUACCGUACUGCCGCCGCAUUGGCGCUCCAACAAGACGCUGCCGGUCGCCUUCAAAGUUGUCUCGCUGGGCGAUAUCAUGGACGGCACUAUGGUGACGGUGCGCGCCGGUAAUGAUGAGAACUACUGCGCCGAGUUGCGGAAUUGUACGGCCGUUAUGAAGAAUCAAGUGGCGAAGUUCAAUGAUUUGAGAUUCGUCGGUCGCAGCGGUAGAGGGAAAAGUUUCACACUCACAAUAACGGUAUCCACGAAUCCGCCACACAUUGCCACCUACAACAAAGCGAUCAAAGUGACAGUGGAUGGACCGCGUGAACCGCGCUCAAAGACCAUGUUGUCGCUUUUAGGACAACAACAACAGUUCCAUUUCGCAUUCGGACAGCGACCGUUCCAUUUCUCAGCCGAUCCUUUGUCAGGCUUUCGCAUGCCGCCAAUCGGAAAUUGUCAAAGUGCUGGCAAUACACACUGGGGUUAUGGCUCAGCAUCCGCUUAUUCGCCCUACUUAGCCGGUAGUGGACUUUCGUCCUGCACAACACCAACUUCGGCACAAUUUAACAAUCCAGCUUUGGGCUUUACCUGCUCCUCCAAUGAUCAGUCGAACAAUCAGGACUUUACAGGCGGCACAAAUCGAGAUUGUGUACCAAUGCUCCCCGACUCCACGGCCACCGAUUUGGAUCAGCACUUGAGCAAUCUGGUCGGCUCCACCACCGGACAGAUGACACACCACAGCCUACUCGGCUCGGGCGGUCAAUCGGCGAUCUCUUCCACAGUCAAUGGCGGUGUCGGCACAAAUUCGAUACUGGUGCCACGCUAUCAUCACACCAACACCAACAACGAUUACAAUGUACACUCCAGUCAGAAUGGACCGCGCAGCUUGAGCGACUCCUCCCAAGCCGAAUCGCCGGUACAAGAAGAUCUACUCACCACGAAUACGCCCAAUUUGGGGGGCGGCGGUGCCGGCGCUGGCAGCGGCGGUGGAGGCGGUGCCAAUGGUACGAACAACGGCAACGGCACUGCCAAUGGCAGCAGCGGCGCUGGCGCUGGCAGCGGUUCCAACUCAUCCGCGGCGAAUAACACGCUCGUCGGUGCCAAUCAAAACUUUCCCGGACUGGUUAAUCAGACACAAAACCCGUCGCACUAUGGCAGCGGCAGCGGUGCGGGUGUCGGUGUCGGUGUAGGCGUAGGUGGCGGCGGUGCAGGCGGCGCCGGUGCCGGUUGUAAUGGUUCGCUGUACCCCGUCUUGCCGGCCAGUCUGCUCUACUCACAACUCUACACGGCCGCCAAUCAGACACAUGGCUUUCAUUCGCAUGCGCUGACACCGACACACGCCUCACCGAACUCAUCCGUGCACGGCGCCGAAUUGCAAAGCGUUAUGGAUCAUAUCAACAAUGUGGGUGUGGGCGUGGGCGUAGGCGUGCGUCAGCAGCACAACAUUAUGGCGGGCGGCGGCGUGACGCAUCCCGGCGAUUUGACGCUGAUCGGCAAUUGUGGCGCCUCGGUGCGCAAUAUCGAAGACGGCAGCAAUACGCAACGGCAGGUGGCUGCCUUGGCGGCCCAUCGGGGACAUCACACACCCACCGAUAAUGGGGGUAGCGUGUGGCGGCCAUAUUGAGGUCAGGUGCUCUGGUGCGGCUCGGCCGUCCUAUAGUGUUACGAGAACCUGGAGAGCGAGCGUGAGAACGCCGGCGGCACCAGUGAACCGACUAAAUAUUGGUAUGGCUGAGGAGCAUGUAUGGUGAGUUAAGGUUUAGUGUGGUGGCAUGCGGUGAAUUGAGGUAGCGAGUGUGGAUUGCCAGCCAAGAUUUGUGUAUAUUCUAAUGUAAAUAACUCAGUAGCCGACUUGAAGGUGAGCAAGUAACUUUUAAAUGUGACUUUGUAAACAUUUUAAAGCGUAAAGGCAAAAAGAAAACUAGUCGAAUUUGUUUUAAAAUAUUAGUAUUAGCAAUAAAUAGUCAAGUUGUUUUUUAAGUAUUAUUUAAUUCAUAUUAAAGUCUACACUUAAUAAACUCUACUCGUAAGUCUCUAAGAGUCCUUAGCAAAUUACAAAAAAAAAAGGUAUAUAUACAUACAUAUAUACUAUACCAUAUAGUGUAUAUAUAUGGGUAUAUAUACUUCAUCUGCAUUAACUAAUACAUACGAAAAAGUAAAGUAAGGAAAACUUCUUAAAAUAACUAAUUUAUGGUAGUUUAAGUAUUGCAAAAUGUUAUACUAUUACAAAAACAAAAACAUUAAAUAAUUAAAAAUAAAUAAAUGUAUUAAUAAGUCCGCUAUAUAUUUAUGUAUGUACUCAAACACAUAUGUAUGUUUGUAUCUAUGUAAAUGUUAUGUGUAUCACCAUCCACAGCAGAGCAUAAAUAAGUUCCUAAACCCGCUUAUCAUAACAUUUUCGAUUUCAUUGGCGCGUUUUACAACACUGAAAAAAAUAUUUCUUUCUUUAAAAAUCGUUAAAUAUGUCAUCUAAUGAUAAUUAAUAUCUUUUAUAAA